AUGCCAUCUUCAAAACAACUUGUCAAGAUCCUCACGGGCAGUCAGUGUGAUGUUUUAUAUCGUGUACAACAUGCAGCACAGGGCGCAGCAGGCGGAGGCACGAGCGUUGGCCAAGCUCCUCAGAAGCACGGCCCUGAACAGUUCUGUUAUCCAGGCCGCCGUUCACAUUGGGAUGAGACAGGUGGAAGAGAGAGCUCGCCCUUCGUGCAUUGUCACACGGAGCGGCCCUCUCCCCGUGCAGCGUGGGGUCCCCUGGGCGCGGGCCAGGCUCAGGCGGGACGCGGCGGAGACAGAGCUCUUCCCUGUGUGGACCCGGGCAACUGCCGGCGGGCGAGGUCUGGAUGGUGGCCAGGCCGCAGCCGCCCGGACGUUUGCGAGCGCCGAAGGUGCAGGAUCUGCGCUUGCAGCCACCUUACUUCGUGGGCUGUACCUGAGGUGACAGGCAGGGUCUUCUCUGAUGAAGUUACCCACACGAGUCACCACGGGAUGACGGUGAGCAGGUGCCACGGAAGGGCUCAGAGCCCAGGUCCAGGCUCUUUGACCGCAGGAGUGGGAGCUGGGGUCGAGGAGACAGACUGCACUGUAUGCCGACCUCCACAUUAUGAGGCCUGCUCCACUGGAAAUCGUCUGGAGGGAGCUGUAGUCACGGCUCUCAGAUGGCCAGGCAUGCCUCCUGCCUUUGCAAUCUGCACAGUCCUCUCUCGGAGGAACGUGGAGAGAUCGCUUUGCCGGAGCCUCCUCACUUAACCUGAAACUCGGGUCAUGGUCUGAAGAAGGCAGUUCUGCGUCACUCUUAAUGAUGAAACCAGAGGAAAGAGGCUCUUACUGCUCUAGUUUUCUAAAUUUCAAAGAUGCAAAGUCUCAGCAAACUCAAAAUAUAAUUGAGCUUCCCCAGGAAAAAAUCUGCGUAGUUCUGGUUCUCUGGCUCUUCUUGAUCUUUCUACCCAAGGAGGUCCUAUUCACAGAACCAUAUAUAUCUCUUGCUAAUCUCUCAAGUUAAAUGAUAAAUAUUAUUUAAUUACAAACCAUUGUGCUAGCUGCCCAGGGUAAAGAGUCUGUUGUCUGCAGAAGCUCAUGACCUAGAGAGAGACAGUCACAUGAGUGAAUAUAAGGGCAGGAGCUACCACAGAUACACUAGUAGAGUUCAGCAGGCGUGUGGCUAGUUUGGUUGGGAGGAGGAGGAUGCUUGCGUCUGUGGAAGCUUUAUAGAGAAGGACCGGGUUGUGAGCCAAGUCCUAUGGGAUGGAUGGCAAUAAAGACAUCCCAGGCAGCAGAAACAGCUUCUGGAAAUAGUGAGCCAAGCAGAUAUUGGGAUAUGAGGUGCAUGAAGGGUGAUGAUGGUGGUGGAUGUCAUCACACAAAACUAGAAAUCAGACGGGGCUUCGAACAUCACAGUGUAUGCAAAGGAUAAUUCUGUAUAAUUUCAGGAAACAAAAGUGACAUGUAGGCAUCUGUGUGUCAGAUGAAAGAGGAAAAUGCAAAGACCAUUUAGGAAUGUUGCUGGUGAGUGCAAAGGAGACUACAAGGGAAGGACGUGCAGAAGACCUUCUGCACUCAGCCGGCGGGUGCAGCGAUGGUGAUGGUGUGGACCAGCAGAGAACCUGCCCUGCUGUGCCAACCCCACUCCACUAAAAAGGGCAGCCAGUAUUUUCCUCCCACACUCUUUGAUUGCUUUUGAUAUAAUGACAAUUUGUAAUAUUUUUAUAGAGUAGAAAUAUUCAGUCCUUUCUUUACUAAGAUUGACCAAAAUUUUGUUUCUUUUUGUUUCUUUGUUUGUUUGUUUUGAGACAGAGUCUUGCUCUGUCAUCCAGGCUGGAGUGCAGUGGCUCAAUCUCGGCUCACUGCAACCUCCGCCUCCCGGGUUCAAGUGAUUCUCCUGCCUCAGCCUCCUGAGUAGCUGGGACUACAGGCACCCGCCACCAGGCCCAGCUAAUUUUUGUAUUUUUAGUAGAGAUGGGAUUUCACUAUGUUGGCCAGGCUGGUCUUGAACUCCUGACCUCGUGAUCCACCCGCCUCGGCCUCCUAAAGUGCUGGGAUUACAGGCAUGAGCCACCGUGCCCGGCCCCAAAUUUUGUUUCUUAUUGAUGGUGUAGAAAAGGAAUGGUUUCAUUUUUGCAAAUUUUACAAAAAUAUUCAUCAUGUGAAUUUAAGGCCAAGGGCUUGGAAGCCACCCAUGCCAGUGAGGGCCUUGAGACCUCUGCUUUCACUCCUCUGUAUCUUUCUUGAAAACUACUUCAAGGCUGUAACCUGGCAAAAACAAAUAGCGAAUUUUAAAAAGCUGUGCGAUCCAGGAAAUAGUGGGUCCAAACCAAGAGAACUCUGAAGAGAAGUUCCUGGAAGACAGUAAUGUACCAGUCCUAGGAAGCAGUGAGUUUUCCUCAAUGUGGGAAAAGCAGAGCUCUUUCCCCAAACACACAACACAGAUAUUUGAAGAUACCAGAAGGCUCCCAUACAGAAGCUCAACUACAAAUGGCCAGUCUAUACUUAGGACUCAUAAAAAGGUCACGCCAUGAAAAGAAACUACAUUUUUCAGCACAGAACUGCUAAGAUGGAGAGGAAACCUGACCCCAGCUGGCUGCCUGCUAUCUCUGACAGCUAGGAAUCCUAAAUUAUGAAUCAGAGCAGAAAAGGGAUUAGUGCAGUGAUCUGGUAAAUAUUUUAUUUCCCAUUUUGACUUUGAUUAAUAAAUAAACAUCAGUGAUUAUAUUUUAUAAAGAAAUAAAUUAGAUUUUGGAAAACUUAUGUCUGCCCCCAUGAGCUUGACAGUUUUCCAAUACCUAAUGACUUCUCUGAUGAGAUAAGCAGUGGCAUGAACAGAUGUGAUUUGCGGUAUCGUAUAAUGAAAUGUGACAACAUUUGAAAAAAUUCAUAACUCAAGGAUCCAGUAUUUUCCAAAUGACCAGUGCAUUUUGCUACAAAAUGCUGCUUGAGUAAAAGAUCUAUUCAAGCUGCAAUGGAUAUGAGUGUGACAGAAUAAGAAGCCUUAAUUGACAUGGUUUCACGUUCGACAUCGCAAGGAAUCUUUGAUAAACUACUAUUUUUGCAUUUUGGUGUAAUGUCAAAAAGAAUAUCCACAAUUACCCCAAAAAGAUGAACACUCUUCCCUUUUCCAGAUUUUCUGCAAAUAUUUCAAUCAUGAUAGCAUAUCACAACAGAUUAAAGAUAUUUGUGAAAACAUAAAUGUGCCACUCCCCUUACUAAAUUUUCAUUUGAAAAUCAUUAUUUUUUAAAAUAAUUUUUUUCAUUUAUGUUAACAUGUAGUUUAUUAUUGUUAUUUUAAAUGAAUUAAUAAAUACUUGAAAAGUAUCU